AUGGUCAGUCAUGUAGAAGACAUCCCAGCCUCGGAGUCGGUAGAGAAUAUGAAUGUUGGUGUCCAAGCCAAAGUCUCGACAGGCUCCUUUGUUCUUAGGAACAUAGUCGUUGAAAUCCUGUUCAGGGUCGCCGUAGAAUUUAAACGAGUUCAUGCCACGAUCUUUGUGGACCGCGAAAGGGUAGUGGGCCCGCAGACCAAACUCCAUCAGGCCUCCCUUGGGAAGGUAUUUUUCAUCUUUCAAAAGUUUUGGAGAGCCUUCCUCAAAAGGUCAGCUGGCGUAGGAUUGCUAGAGGCUUCAGCGACAAGGGAGGGAACGGUCGCUUUCUUGUCUUCGAGAUAUAGAUUAUACGUUAGGGUUGCCCGAAGUUAUGGGGAGAAUCUCGUGCUCCACGUCGCUAUAGAAAGCGACAUACGAUAUUACCGGGACCUCGGGCGUACUGUCAGAAAACAUGGCUCCUACUUCGCCAAAGCAGACCGUGAUAGCUUGGUGGGGCAAAAUUUGUUUAUGGUCCACAACUGA